CGCUCUGUUCCGCAGUCUCCUUUGCCGAGCUCAUUCACAAUGCAAUGCUUACAGUGCAGGGUGGUUCUGCAAUUCGCUAACUGAUCUCUCUCUGUCUCUCUCUCCAUUAGCUUUCAUGGAAGUGCAUUCUGGCUCGAGUGACAGCCAGGCGAAUGCGAGUGUGUAGGGAUGCUUGAACAGUGAAAAUAGCUGGGGGAAGAAAAAAAAAAAAAAAAAGGGCGUCGCUGGUGUCUGAUGCCGUGGAGAGAGCAGUCGGCACCUCUCUCUCUCUCUCUCUCUCUCUCUUCCCAUCGCUCUCGCACGCUCAUGCAGCUGCCCUAGACAGCCCCACCGACUCCGCUCGACUGGAUGGAGGCGCAGGGAGGGGCAGCUACCCCAGUGGAGCCCAGCAAAGACAUUCAGAACCUGCUGAAGUCCUCCAGCUCGGGAGAUCUGCCCACAGCGCCUUCCCACAAUCCUUCAGCAGAGGAGGAGAGUGGAAUAACUGUCCCCAUCUCUGGGCUGCUGCAGGUCACAGAGAGGAGACAGCCCCUCAGUAGUGUAUCCUCUUUGGAGGUGCACUUUGACCUCCUGGACCUGACCGAGCUCACGGACAUGUCUGACCAGGAGCUCGCAGAAGUCUUUGCCGAUUCGGACGAAGAAAACCAAAACGAGUCCCCAGCAAGCCAUCACCAGCCCCCCCUGCCGCGCGGCGGGUACAUGCGCUCGCCCUCCUGGACCCGCUGCGGCAAAGGAGAGCCCGUGCGCGACAGGAAGCACCACAGCGACUCCGACACCACGGAGCCCUACCUGAAGAUGGAGCGCCCCAAGCAGCCCUGAGGCGUCCCGAACCUGACAGGGUCCCGGACCUGAAGCCUCCUGGACCUGACUGGGCCUGGACCUGACGGGGCCGGGGCCUGGGCCUGGACCUGAGGCGGCCCGGACCGGACGCCUCCACCCUGAGACACAAUGGUGCUAAAGGACCUGUCACACCAAUGCUGCGCACUGUACCAUAAAAAAAACGCACUGAUUACUCUCAAUACAUACAUUUCUCUUGUUUUACACGCGAGGGAUUCUGUUAGCACAAAAAAAAGCUGCUGGGGACCAUGAAUUUUAUCCUGGAGGGAGGCCAGCUGGGGAGGGGGGCCCCAUUUGGCAAAAAAAAAAAACAGCCAGCCACGAUGCAUGCUGGGACUUCGGAACAUCACCAGCCACAAAACGCUACGGGCGGCUGUGUGGGGGAGGAGGGGCGGGACUGGCGCAAAGAGACUGAACUGAAGUCCCCGCCCAUCAGGCGGGGUUACGACAGAACACCCUCAUUCAAAGCAGAACUACAGCCAAAUACUCACGGUACAGCACAGGUCAUAACGCUCACUCAUGACAGGCCAUAACCUGCACUUAUUUUACUGUAACUUCUCUAAAAACUUAAAACUUAAAAACAACAACAACAAAAAAAAAGCCCAAAGCCUAUAUAUCAUUUUCUGCCUUUUUUUGAAGUACCUGCGGUAGUCGUCAGCCCCUGUAAUGUGCUGAACGCUGUAACAUGUAAAGCAGUGGACCGUGGUACAGUGAGCCAGCAGUUUGUGCCCUCAUCUGAUACGACCGAUGGACCGAUGUGCAGGACACCUAGUGGCCAGAGAACCCAAGGAGACAACUCCGGAAAAAAAAAACGUCAAAUCUGUCACUGAUAUUUCAUCAAACACUGUGCAUUUGACAGUCAAUAAAAAAAAAUAAAGAAAUCAGAGGAGA